ACACGACCCUAUGUACUAAUAAAACCCCAUGGACUUCCCAUGAAGCUGAAAGACCUUGUGCUAUCGGCCUCAAGCCCGCCAAAAUCAAUAAAUGAGGGCCUCUUUUUUCCUGAACCCUCGGAAAACCCUGUUACGGCAUCCUGGAAGUUCUCAGAGGUGUUCAAACCAAAAUAUUUAAAACCAAAAAUUCCACCGCGAUUCAAACGAUCAGCAGACCUUCCGGCGCCCGAUAAAUUACCCAACUACCCCCUCAGCGAAUCGAGGAUAGAGAAGAGGUAUUCAAACCUGGAACUCGUGGGAGUGAAACCAGAGGUCCUUUAUCGUCAUCCAGGACUGAGUGUCGAGGAGCAGUCGAAACCACAAAAAAAAAUAGCAAUAUCUAGUGAAUCAUUCAGGAGAACACCUCCUGGAGUCAACGAGCCCAUAGUCCUUCCACUCCCAUCGAAACCACUCUCUUACACGACGAUCAUUGGGAACUGCAAUGGCACAUCAAGUGAAGUCUCGGAUCUGAAUCUCUCUAUAAAUUCCAAUAGGUUUUUAGGGAGAAUUGUCAUACCUGAUCCUGACCCUUUCCUUGUCGGUUCAGAGCCCUACAAAUUACCCGAGGAAACGAAACAGGCGAAUAGGACUUAUGUGAACCUUCAGGACCAUCAGGCAGUUAUCAGUAGUCCACCGGAUCAGGGCAAUCAUUCUGAUAUUCUUCCUUAUAAUCCUGACGAUAUUCCUUAUGUUGAAGUGCCAGAUUACACUGACAGGCGGGAGGAGAGUCUCGAUGACAAUAACAAUGAAAAUAUGAAGGAUAAAUACAGUAAUGUGGACAACGACGCUGUUGACCCUGGUACAUUACCAAACGAGGAAGGGGAAAAAUCAUCUCCAUUCGUUGGGAGCGAAAGUGAACGAACCAAAGAGGAGGAUUUUACGGUGAAAAAAAUUGCCAAUGACUCUGGCGAGACUUCGCAGGUAGGAAAUCAACACGGAAAGAGUAGAAAGGACAGCGAGGUAGUUCGGAGGUCGGAGGAACGACCGAUUAAAAAUUCAAGACCUGAUGAAAAAAGUGAGGAGUUCAGCAAUGCUAAAAUAAAUCCUAAAAAUAUCACCGGAUCAGCUGAAGCGGAGCUCGAACCCGUUUCCCUCGAUGUUGAGGACUUUGUCAAGCCGUUUGAUCUCGAUAAGUUCAUUAACGAACUUUUCCAUCGGAAUCAUAAGACAAAUACAGAGGAGUCGAAAGCUGAAGCAUCGAGAAAGGAACUAACAGAUGACAGCGAAGAGGAAGAGUUCAAUCAUUGGAGAUAUAGCGAUUAUUAUGGGCCUCACAAUGAUGGAACCAACGAAGACGAGUCCAAAGAUUAUUUUGAGUCCCACGAGUCUCAAAACGAACCUUACGCAAAUCCUGAUGAUUUUCUAAGGAAACACUUUACUGGCGAUGUCAUUCACAAAUUCAAAAAAUCAGACCUUAAAACCGAUGAAAAACCGACAAAUUCGCACAGUGUGACAGGAUUUCUUUCUAAACUUCCAAUCAGAGUUAAAAAUUAUGAGCCUAAAGGCCAAGAGAGAAAGAACAAUAGACCGAAAUAUCAAAAGCAGUGGGUUUUAGAGUACGGAUUUCCCUCAAGGACAGACAAAACCAAUGCCUAAGGUCGUUAUUCAGAAGAAACUGAAAAGAUUCAUUAAUUGAUUUAUUUAUCUAAAAAACUAUCAAUUUAUGAUGAAAGUGUUGAAGGAUUUUUUUGGGGAUGAUGAAAUUUUUGAAAAAAAGCUCUCUUGAUAUUUUUACAGAAAAU